ACCUAUCGAGAUCGUCGAACGUCACAUGAUUACAAACCCUCAUCGGCUGAUGCCUGAUCGGCCGCAUCGCGGUGGAUGAUUAGGAGUAUUAGGACGGACGAGAGUAUUGGUGAAUGCAGCGCUUAGGACAUUCCGUUCACAUUCGCGAUUGAUCGUCGAAGGUUCGCGCAAAGCAACGAACGGAUUGCAGUUUAAUUAAAUUCGAUCACUUCGUGUCAGAACCGUAUCAGGAUGAAGAUCUGCGGGCCCAAAUACGCCUUGUGCGGUUUAGUGUUGUCCGUUUGGGGCAUAUUCCAACUGCUUUUCAUGGGAAUAUUUUUCUACGUCCGAAGCGUAGCGUUGGUGGAGGACCUUCCGUUAGAGAAAGGUAACUUCACCUCAAUAGGCGAGUUCUACAAAGAGGUUGACCGAGGUUACACACAGAAUGCAUACAACUGCUGGAUUGCCGCGUGCAUCUACGUUCUCACCUUCCUUUUCUCUGGCCAUCAGUUCUAUCUCAAUUCGAGAUCGUCCCUUAGCGUAUAAACGAAAAUAAACGGAUGUUAUGCAAUGUGACGCUACUGUGCAUCCGACUUGUAAUAAUGUAUAUCUAGAAAACAUCCGCGUUUUAAAGUUUUAAUUUUAAAGCUGCGUAUUAUUGGGUUAUUCUACAAUAGAGUUGUUAUACAAACACGGUGUAACCUGGACGAGACGUCUGUGUUUCCAAGUGUUUUUACAAGUGCGCAGAUGUAUUUUUUUGCCACAUAUGUGUAUAUUAUUCAUAUUUCCAUGUAUCAAUGUGUAUUAUGCAUAUAUGUAUAUCGACGUAGAGCUGAAAGAAAAACAAAAUAGAUGUGAGGGAAAGAGAUUAUGUAAUUCGCAAGGGUCUUACUAUGCUGUCAGGAUUUGUUUUAUUCAUCGGUAGUGAUACAGUUUCAGUCGACAAGUGAAAAUUCUGCUUAUAUUGUUACAUAUGAUUGUUAAUAUAAUUAAUAAAUUAAUCUAGACUCUA